CAACCUGACAUGCAGGACACUAAGAAUAUGUCACCUGCCCCCUUCGCUCUUCUCAGACUGCUCACACACAUGUCCAUGCUGCUGGGAGCUCUGAACAACCCACAGAGUGUCAGGCAGAUCAUCAAGCCUGCUGUGCUGGAUCCUGGCCCAUUCCUGAUGACCCAUCUUUUGAAGGACAUGGAGCAACUAAGCAGAGCUCUAGGCAAAGGGCUGGAUGAUACAGUCUGUUCAAUCCAUUUGACCAUCCACAGUCUACUGGAUCCCCAUCAGACCAGCCAGUGGCCUGUUCCUUACGAUCCAACCCUUUCCACUAAAGAUGCAAGAAAUGGAUGGGAAAAUGCCAUGAAUACUGAUGUCAUCACACAUCAGCUGAAGGUUUUGGAGCAUCAGCUAAAGGAAGUGAACGCCUUCAUCAGGAAAGAUGAGCGAGUGUCUUCUAAUCCA